AUGAAUGAUGACGAUGAAUAUGCUAAUAAUAUUUCCAUCCCCGGAGAGACCAGGAAGUCAAUAGAAAUGGAUUUUUCAACUGAAGAACUUGCUAUAAUAGCUCUACUGCUCGAUGCCGACGAAGAAAAAAAAAAUCAAGCACACCGUAAGUAUUGGGUUCACCCAGCAUGGAAUAAGCGUGAAACUGAAGGUGAAUUUCAAACUUUAUACAAAGAACUUAUUGACGACGAAACCAAAUUCCAUGGAUACUUCAGGAUGACAAUGAAUACGUUCGAUAUUUUACUUAAAGCAGUUGAAAAUGACUUACAAAAACAGGACACCAAUUUUAGAAAAUGCAUACCACCUAGGCAUCGUUUGGCUGUAUGUUUAAGAUUUUUAGCAACGGGUGAUUCGCUUAAAACGAUCUCAUAUAGUUAUCGUUUGGGGCAUUCGACAGUAUAUGAAAUAGUGACAAAUACUUGCGAAGCCUUAGUCAAAACUUUAAUGCCUGAAGUAAUGCCAAUACCCACUAGCCAAAAAUGGAGAGACAUCGCAGAUGAGUUUUGGAAAUGUUGGAACUUUCCAAACUGUAUUGGAUCAUUGGACGGCAAGCAUGUAGUAAUCCAAGCACCGCCAAAUAGUGGGUCACUAUAUUUUAACUACAAAAAGACCUUUUCAGUGGUACUUAUGGCUCUCGUCGAUGCUCAUUAUAAUUUUAUUGUGGUAGAUGUAGGCGCGUAUGGUAGGAAUAGUGAUGGAGGUAUUCUAAUGAAUUCGAAACUAGGAAAAAGCUUAGAUAGUAAACAACUGAAUGUACCUUCAGAUACUGAACUUCCUGGAACUGAAAAUUUGGCACCAUUUGUGAUUUUAGGAGACGAGGCAUUCCCUUUAAAAACAUAUGUUAUGAGACCCUACCCUGGAAAACAGCUCGAUGAUAGUUCAAAAAGAGUAUAUAAUUAUCGUCAUUGCAGAGGAAGGAGAGUUGUUAAAAAUACGUUUGGUAUUUUGACACAAAAAUUUAGAAUAUUCAACCGAAGAAUCCAAGCAAAACCUGAAAAUGCUGACAAUAUAAUUUUAGCAACUUGUGUUUUGCAUAAUUUCAUUAAAAUAAAUGAAGGAAGGAUAACAUACAAUAGAGAAGAAAAUAUCAAUCCAGCAGUAGAUUUGACAUUACAAAAUAUUCCAAUACAGGGUGGAAAUGCAAGUCAACCAGCCUUUCAGGUGAGAGAACUUUUCAAAGAAUUUUUUAAUUCUACUGCUGGAUCAGUUUCAUGGCAAGAUGAUGUCAUAUAA